CCCACCUCUUUCUCUCACCGACACCGACACCAACACACUGGUGGCUUUCUGUGGAAUAUUUCGGUCCCAUGUCUUCUGGAAGAAAAACAUUUUCAGGAUGUCAAAGGUUGCAACCGGACCAGUGACAUACAGGAGCAUCGGAAUGAAUGGACAGAGCGACAUGGAGAGAACACUGAGAGAGAAAACUGUCAUCAUCCCUGAGGGCGAACACGACACAAUUCGAGAAGAAUUCUUCCAAAAUGUGAUACGUUACAGAGCGAAAGGAUCAAAGUUGAGGGAGGAUGUUCCCUUCAUCGUCAUAUAUCUGUCUUCAUCUCGCAUUAAAGAUGAAGAGGGGCUCAUUUUUGACAAAUUAAGAGGUUUGCUUUCGGCUAUAUUGAUCAUUGCAUCAGUUGGAAAGGCUUCUGAAGUAAGCAUCGACCUUCCAAGAGACUUGGAAUCUACCGUCAAAGACAUCUUGCGUCUUUUCAUUAAAAAUGGACAGAUUCUCAACGAUGACAUGGACAACAAAUACAUGUUUCACCGUCUGCUGUUCCACUGUUGUCAACUGGAGCGUGGUUGGAUAGAUUAUAUAAAGGAACAUUGCAUUAAAAUCGCCAUUGGUUGCGGUGUCGUGUGUUUGAUCAUUGUGACAGUGGCACUUACAGUACGCUUUGCGUAAUAAUAUGCUUGUGAACGAAAGCUCGAAGCUAUGCAGGCCUCAGCUUUGUAACAUUGGGGAUGGUGUCGGGAUUCCAACUUCCGGACAUGGCUUUCCGUGUGCCCACAUAACUAAGCACACCGAUCUGACUUCGAGGACUGGGUCAUCCGUCUCCCAGGCAACAGAUGGACAACAAACUACACCAGCGAUGUGUCAUCCGUUUUCCAGGCAGCAGAUAGCUACAACACUACGCGUAAUCUAUAUGUGACACGAAAGCUCUCAGUAAUGUAUGCUUUUCAACGGAUCGGGACAACGAAUAGAACACCAAUAUCGUGUUCACGUUGACUAUUAUGAAACAGCGGGGCCAUCGAGUAUACUCCGCUGCAUUUGAUUCGAGAAUGUCACCAUGACAUGUACAACUAUGCAUUGCAUAUUGACAAAAAGAUCAUUUGGCACCAGCUGCUUACCCGUGGUGACUGAUUCUAACAACGCUUUUCCACUCAUGUUAAUGAAACCACUUCGUAGUUUUAGCACUGGCAACAUGAAUGUUUAAUAAACAAACCAUUUACA